AUGGCAAACGAACACCUUGUGCUCGUUCAUGGGGAAGGGCAUGGGGGUUGGUGCUGGUUCAAGCUCCGGUGGCUCCUCGAGGGCUCUGGCUACCGGGUGACCUGCAUAGACCUCGCCGGAGGUGGGGUCGAUCCUACCGACCCCAACACGGUCCGGUCAUUCGAGCAGUAUGACAAGCCGCUCCUGGACCUCAUCUCCGCCUUGCCGGAGGGUGAGAAGGUGAUUCUGAUCGGACAUGGUAUUGGAGGGCUGAGUGUGAUCCAUGCAAUGCAUGAAUUUGUUGACAGGAUCAAGGAAGCAAUUUUUGUGGCAGCUGCUAUGCUACCAUUUGGACUUCAAACUGAUGAAGAUAAGAAAGAUGGCUUACCAAGUUUACCUGAGAAUGAGGUUCAAUUGACAUUUGGUGCAGGAGCAGAUGACCCGCCAACUACUGUGGCCUUGAGGUUAGAAUUCCAGCGUGAUCGACUAUCCCAGCAAAGCCCUGAGGAGGACUCAAUACUGGCUUCGAUGCUGAUGCGCCCAUGGCCCGUGAGUGCUAUCGGUACUGCAAGCUUCGAAGGAGACGAUGAGAGAUUGAAUCGAAUAAAACGAGUUUUCAUAAAGACACAGCGUGAUCACAUGCUGGAACCUCAGCAGCAAGACUCCAUGAUCAAGAAGUGGCCACCCAGUGAGGUUUUGAUCAUAGAUACAGAUCACAGCCCCUUCUUCUCUGCACCAGAACAGCUCUUUAAUCUAAUUGUCAAAUCUCUAUGAUGCAAAUAUGCAGAUAACUAAGCUCCCUAAAGUGGAUUUGUUCAAAUUCUUGUAACAUUAUAUAAACAUUAUACGUGUAAUUUGAGUUAGGAUCA